UAUUCCUUCACCUCUACUCUCUUAUCAAUGGACCUGCCUGAAGCUCAAGCUCUUGUGCCAGUUUAUUCUCAGGUACUGAAUUGCGCAAGGUGCAACAGUUCAAGUAAUUACAUUCUCAGAAAUCUCUGAGCAAUCACAUACGGAACACCAAAUGUGGACUUGGGCUGUCUUCUUACGAAGACAGGUACACCUGCGAAUUCUGCGGAUCGAAAUACAAUUACCAAAGAAGCCUGGUCAGUCAUAUGAAAAGUCAUCUGGAAACUGAAACUGCCGCUUCUCCAGCUCCUAUGCAGACCAACUAUCUCACGUGUCCUAUUGGUCAGUGCGAGAUGAAGUUCAGUUCGCAAAAGAUACUUCUCGAACAUCUUUUCUGUCGCCACAUAGGCCAGGUGCAAGAAGUGUAAAGCUCCGUUCGCCAGUGUUCAAGGACUCCUUGCUCAUUUCAAAGAGAAACAUUGUGGACUGAAGGUAGAAUCAGCGACAACGUCAGCAGACGCCGCGCAGAACACUUUAGGGGAGUUAUUGAAUGCGAUGGGAGCUUCUUUGUCAGCAGAAAGAAUAGAUGGUGGGCCAAGUCAGGAGCUCAGCAAGGAAACGGAUUUGCAGGAAAGCUUGUUCAUAGAGUCUUCAGCUUUAGCUUCAGCCAAUGGAUGGCCACAGCUUUCCGUUGAUAGUCAAAGUUCGGGCACCAGUGGUUUCCCAACGAGAAGCAGGCUCUUCGAAGAAAAACCAUUGACCUAUAUCAACAUUGAUUCUCUUCCCUCGUCUUUUAGCCUCACAACUAUGGUAUCUACUCCAGCUCAGUUGCUCAGCUCUUUUCCCGGUGUUGCGACAACGCCAGAAGCUUUUUUUGAAAACUGUGAAGGAAAGUUGUGGAAUUCCUUGGAAGCUUCUUUGCCGUUGAAGAUCAAUGAUGGAAUGCCAAACCAGGAGUUCGAAAAGCAAGCGGAUUCUCAGAAAAACUAUGGAUCACCACAGCUCAGCGGUGCCACCCUUGAUGGUCAAGGCUCAGUGAGUUCAAGGCUCAGUGAGAGAAAGCUCAAGUACGCAAGUGAUCUUCCGACAAGCAGUAAUGUUUGUGAGCCAGCCAACUCAUUGAGCUCGACGAGGCACCAAACUCUCACCGGUUCUAAUGGGGUAAGGCCAGUUAAUCGCCAAUUCAAAUGUGAAAUCUGUGAGAAACAAUUCGCCAACAAGCCAAACUUAAACCGCCAUCGAAAAAUUCAUUCUGGAACAAAAUCCAAGAAGUGCAACAUUUGUCAACAAACGCUUCACAGAGAGAAUAGGCUACAAGAGCAUCUGUACACACAUCUCAAAGAACGAUCUCAUUUCGACUGCCCCAUGCUGAACUGUUUUACGCAAUUUCGGUCUCAUUUGGAAAUUCAACGUCAUCUCGAGCACCACCACCUCGUUUCACCACACAAUUUGGCUCCGUGUAGGAAAUGUCGCAAGCACUUUGGAACUGCCAAGUAUUUCCUGAUUCAUCACUAUUAUUAUCAUUCUACGGAUCUGACCUCUUCGGCUCCAGCGUCAACUUGCUCAACCAGAUGGUCACCUAUGACCGUAUCAACUUCAGAAUCCAGCUCAACUUCAGAAUCCAGCUCAGGAAUGCCAACACUGCAAGAUCCAAUUCGACGAUGCCCCAAUGAGCCUGUUGCACAAUGCCCUUCACGCUCCAGGAAGCCCAUUCAAAUGCUCAUUUUGUGGAGCUGAGUGUGAAGAUAAUCUGGCGUUUACAAUUCAUAUUGUUACUGCCAAUCAUAAUUUUAGUGGACUUUAAUUGAUAAUUUCGUACUGUUAAAUAGUUAUUUUUCGUAACGCCAUUCAAUAAAUCU